AUGGUCUACACAAACGUCCUCGCGGUAGCUGUCACUGCUCUCCUCGCUGCGUUGCCGGUCCAGGCUGGUCUGUACAGCAAGAACUCGCCGGUUAUACAGGUCGAUGGCAGGAGCUACGAUUGCUUGAUUGCUCAAUCCAAUUACACUUCCAUCGUCGAGUUCUACGCCCCGUGGUGCGGGCACUGCAAGAACCUCCAACCCGCCUACGAGAAAGCAGCGAAGAGCCUUGCUGGCCUAGCCAAGGUAGCAGCCAUCGACUGUGACGACGACUCCAACAAGGCCUUCUGCGGAAAAUUCGGCGUGCAGGGAUUCCCCACCUUGAAGAUCGUGAGGCCCGGAAAGACACCUGGAAAGCCCAUUGUUGAAGAUUACCAAGGGCCGCGAAGCGCCAAGGCAAUCGUUGAUGCCGUCGUCGACAAGAUUCCCAACCUUGUGAAGCGCGUGGAUGAUAAGUCACUCGAGACGUUUUUGGAAGAGGCAAAUGAUACGGCGAAGGCGAUCUUGUUCACGGACAAAGGCAAGACGAGUGCGUUGAUGAAGGCCGUAGCUAUUGAUUUCAAGGGCAGCGUCUCUGUGGCACAGAUUCGCAAUACGGAGAAGGAAAAGGCGACUCUAGAGCUCUUUGGCAUUUCGAAAUUCCCAACCCUGCUUCUGUUGCCUGGAGGCAAGGAAGCAGAAGGCAUAGUCUAUGAUGGCGAGUUAACCAAAGAAGCGAUCGUCGACUUCAUCUCCAAAUCCACCAAUAUUGCACCGAACCCUGAUCCGGCUCCUGCCAAAGUUAAGGUCUCGAAGCCAAAGGAGGAAAAGAACGCCAAUAAGAAGAAGGCGGAGUUUGAGUCGGCCUCGAAAGAGCACGCUAAGGAAGAUGGCAAGACGGCUGGUGCGUCUGCUACAGAAGAAACCCUGGAGGAGGAAGCAACGCCGUCUCCUGAUCCGAUCGUGGAGGGCCAGAAACCCGCCCAUAUCCGUGAUCCGGCACCAAUCAUUCCUUAUAUUGAGACAGCCGAGCAGUUGGAGAAAGAAUGUCUCGGUCCUCGUACCGGAACUUGUAUCCUGGUUUUCUUGCCUGAGACUCCAGACUCGAUGACAGCGACGGCCCUUAUAGGAGUGUCUGAGGUUGCGCAUAAACUCAAGCUUCACAACAGUAAUCUGUUCCCUUUCUACGCUCUGUCUCCAACAAACCCGGCAUAUGAGAAGAUUGUACCAAAGUUGGGCUUGACGGCGAAUAUCGACAUCAUCGCAGUUAAUGGGAGACGCGGAUGGUGGAGAGCGUUGCCGAAGAGCUCAGAUGAUCUCGUAGAAGCGGACAUCAGUGAGGAAAAUAUUGAGAAAUGGGUGGACAGUAUUAGAAUGGGUGAUGGUAAGAAGGAAAAGUUGCCGGAGGGUCUGGUUCCUGAGGAGGAGGCUGAAAAGGUCGAGGAGGCUGAAAAGGCUGAGGAGACUGAAAAAGCUGAGGAGACUGAAAAGGUUGAGGAGGCUGAGGGAGUUGAGGAGCCUGCCGAAGAGCCUGCUAUCACCGAGCCGGUUAUUGUGGAUGAAAUGCCACCGGUAGAGUCUGAGAAAUCUCAUGAUGAGCUAUGA